UCGGAGUUGCUGUCUCCUCCGUGCCGGACGAAGGGAAAGGGACCCGGGGAGCGGGAACGGGCUUUUCAUCAGCAAAGACUCCUAUAAAAGGGGCAAAAUGGGGAGGUUUGAGCAGAAUGUGAGAUCCGGAGCCGAGCCGAGCUGUCUGAGAGUGCAGGAAUGGCUAGCGUUAUCCGAAUGGCCGCCGUGACUCUGCUGAGUGUCCUGCUGGGCGCAGCGACCGGACACCCGCACCGCAAACACUGCCACCUCUCCAAAUACAGAUCCACAUCCCUCGGAGAGAUGGCGGAGCUCAGGGAGCUGCAGAACCAGGAGGAGGAGAUGGAGGUCGGAGUAAAAUGUCACCACGGCCUCCGUCUGAAGAGGUUCCCGCAAUGUGACAUCAAGGGAGAGGAGAGGCUGACGCUCACCCUACACAGGGUCUCCUUGGCCGUGGAGGUUCUGCAGAAUCUGAGUGGCUCUGACCGCGGCCAUCGCAGUCUGGACAUCUUCUCCAGUCUGAAGAAGGAGCUCUCCUCGUGUAAAAUGCGAAACUCCUCAGUGCUGGAGUCCUGCCGGGGUCACCUGAUGAAGUAUUCGGAGACAGUGUCUGCCGAGUGUCUGCGACGCGAUGUCCUGCUGAACCUGGUCUGGCUGUUGGUGGAGGACGUGAGACUCCUGAUUCCUGGGGAGUAUAACGUGAGAGAGACACAGAAGGAGGCCCCGCAGCCGCCCCCCACCGAGACUGCCCCCCAAAAACACCCCAACGGGAGGAGAAACCACAGAAGGAGGCCCCGCAGCCGCCCCCCCACCGAUACUGCCCCCCCAAAACACCCCAACAGGAGGAGAAACCACAGAAGAAACGGCAAAUUUAACACGCCCUCCUUCUAA